UAGCUGAGGGAGCCGGUGCAGUAGCUGAGGGAGCCGGUGCAGAAGCUGAGGGAGCCGGUGCCAGUCCGGUGCAGGAGCUGAGGGAGCCGGUGCAGAAGCUGAGGAAGCCGGUGCCAGUCCGGUGCAGGAGCUGAGGGAGCCGGUGCAGGAGCUGAGGGAGCCGGUGCAGGAGCUGAGGGAGCCGGUGCAGAAGCUGAGGGAGCCGGUGCAGGAGCGGAACACGCCACACCUGGGUACCAUUCCUCACCCUGUGCCACCAUGUGCCCCCCCAGUUCUGUGCCCUGUGUGGGGCUUACUCUGAUCUGGGGGCUGCUGCUCGCCCACGGCCUGGACUAUGAUUUGGUCAUCGACGACCUGAUGGAGGAGGUCACUGAGCAAUUUGACUACAAGGACCCCUGCAAGGCCGCUGCUUACUGGGGCGAUAUCGCAUUAGAUGAGGAUGACCUGAAGUGGUUUUCUAUAAACCAAUCAAGGGGAUUCGGAAAACGUAAUCCUGGGCUCCCCGCAGGUGUAAAUGCUACAACUACACAAAAGCCAUUAACGACCCAAACGGUCCCAUCAUCUCUGCGUAUUAAUGAGCGAGUUCGCAGAGCUGCUACAUCCCGAACCGAAAGGAUAUGGCCUGGGGGUAUCAUACCGUACGUCAUUGGAGGCAACUUUACCGGUACACAGAGAGCAAUAUUUAAACAAGCCAUGAGACACUGGGAAAAAUACACGUGUGUCACGUUUGUAGAGAGAACCGACGAAGAGAGUUUUAUUGUAUUUACAUACAGGACAUGUGGCUGCUGUUCAUAUGUAGGUCGGCGAGGAGGAGGACCUCAGGCUAUAUCCAUAGGCAAAAACUGUGAUAAGUUUGGCAUCGUGGUUCAUGAGCUGGGUCAUGUGGUUGGUUUUUGGCAUGAGCACACACGGCCAGACCGAGAUGAUCAUGUGUCCAUCAUCCGAGAGAACAUUCAACAAGGGCAGGAAUACAACUUCUUGAAGAUGGAGCCAGGAGAAGUCAAUUCUCUGGGGGAGACCUAUGACUUUGAGAGUAUCAUGCACUAUGCCAGGAACACUUUCUCAAGAGGUGUAUUCCUGGACACUAUACUUCCUCGAAGAGAUGAUGCCUCAGUUCGCCCUACGAUUGGACAACGUGUAAGACUCAGCCAAGGAGACAUUGCACAGGCAAAGAAGCUAUACAAGUGCCCAGUUUGCGGAGAAACCUUGCAAGAUUCCAGUGGGAACUUUUCUGCACCGGGGUACCCGAGUGGCUAUGCCUCAUACACGCACUGCGUUUGGCGCAUAUCUGUUACGCCAGGAGAGAAGAUCAUAUUAAAUUUCACUACCAUGGAGCUGUUUAAAAGCCGCUUGUGUUGGUAUGAUUAUAUUGAGAUUCGUGAUGGUUACUGCAGGAAGGCGCCCUUACUAGGCAGAUUAUGUGGGGAUAAAGUUCCAGAACCAAUCAUUUCCACUGACAGUAAACUGUGGAUUGAAUUCAGAAGCAGCAGUAAUGUCUUGGGCAAAGGAUUCUUUGCUAUAUAUGAAGCUAUAUGUGGAGGAGAGAUCAAGAAGGAUUCAGGGCAGAUUCAAUCACCAAAUUAUCCUGAUGAUUAUCGCCCAUCCAAAGAGUGUGUCUGGAAAAUCACUGUGGCUGAGGGCUUUCUCGUAGGUCUCACUUUCCAAGCUUUUGAGAUUGAAAGGCACGACAGCUGUGCGUACGAUUACGUGGAAGUGCGCGAUGGCUCUUCAGAAGAAAGUACAUUAAUUGGUCAUUUUUGUGGAUAUGAAAAGCCAGAAGACAUUAAAUCAACCACAAAUAAGCUGUGGAUAAAAUUUGUCUCAGACGGAUCAAUCAACAAAGCAGGAUUUGCAGCCAAUUUCUUUAAAGAGGUGGAUGAAUGUGCACGGCCUGACAGCGGAGGAUGCGCACAGGGCUGCGUUAAUACUUUGGGCAGCUACAAAUGCGCUUGUGAUCCUGGCUUUGAGCUCACUGCAGACAAGAGAACGUGUGAAGCUGCAUGUGGCGGUUUUAUCACAAGCCUGAAUGGCACCAUAACCAGCCCAGGCUGGCCGAGGGAAUAUCCCACCAACAAGAACUGCGUGUGGCAAGUUGUGGCACCAGCCCAGUACACCAUUUCACUGCAGUUUGAAGUCUUUGAUCUUGAAGGAAAUGACGUUUGCAAGUACGACUACGUGGAGAUACGAAGUGGGCUGUCUUCAGAAUCUAAACUACAUGGAAAACUUUGUGGUUCUGAAAUCCCUGAAGUGAUCACAUCGCAGGGCAACAGCAUUCGUGUGGAGUUCAAAUCUGACAAUACAGUGUCAAAGAGAGGCUUCAAAGCCAACUUUUUCUCUGAUAAGGAUGAAUGUUCCAAGGACCAUGCGGGGUGCCAGCAUGAGUGUAUCAAUACGUUUGGCAGCUACGUGUGUCAGUGCCACAAUGGCUUUACUCUGCAUGAGAACGGACAUGAUUGUAAAGAAGCCGGCUGUGAGCACACACUAAUUAAUGCCGAGGGAACUAUUGUCAGCCCCAGCUACCCCGAUAAAUACCCCAGUCGCAAGGAAUGCACGUGGAACAUCACGGCCACUGCCGGUCACCGGGUCAGACUGGAGUUUAAUGAUUUUGAGAUUGAGCAGCACCAAGAAUGUGCGUACGACCACCUGGAGCUUUACGAUGGUCCCAACAGGAAGUUCCCUGUUCUUGGCCGUUUCUGUGGCAGUAAGAAGCCGGACCCUGUCAUUGCAACAACAAACCACAUGUUUCUCCGCUUCUACUCUGAUGCUUCAGUGCAAAGGAAAGGAUUUCAAGCAAAGUACGGUACAGAAUGUGGUGGGCACCUGAAGGCUGAAAUUCAAACAAAAGACCUCUAUUCCCAUGCCCAGAUUGGUGAUAACAAUUACCCAGUACAGUCAAAUUGUGACUGGGUCAUAGUAGCUGAAGAUGGUUAUGGAGUGGAAUUAAUCUUCCAGAUGUUUGAGAUUGAGGAAGAAGCGGAUUGUGGUUAUGACUAUGUGGAAAUCUACGAUGGUUAUGACAACACAGCUCCGAGACUGGGGAGAUUUUGUGGGUCGGGGCCCCCGGAGGAGAUUUUCUCGGCUGGAGACUCUCUAAUGAUUCGAUUUCACACAGACGACACGAUCAACAAGAAAGGUUUUCAUGCGCAAUACAGUAGCACAAAGUUUCAGGACGCUCUUCACAUGCGAAAGUGAUCUUUAUCUGCACGAUGACCAGAAACAAUUUCACUUGUGACUGUCUUAGGACUAUGAGACUGAUGCUGCGCAACGCGUUUCUGCGAUUUAAACUCAGUCUGCAAAUAUGGACGCAAAUGUAAUGGCAUACUGUACGGCGUGACUAUAGCAAGGACCAAAUACUGUACCUAUAUGAUAUAUGGAACUUGUAGUAUCCCUGUUCUCAGAGGCCUUCAGCAAGUGUUGUUAGGAAACCAUGUUGUCUACAAACUAUAAUGAAUGAUAUAAUUAUUUGUACAAUUAAAUGCUUCUGCCCGUGUGCCUCUCAUGGAGGUAUUAAAUCAGGCCCCCACUUAACCUCUUCACUGCCAGAGUGUGCUCAUUGGCUAUACCGGGCUGGAUUGUGAAACACGUUUUAAUUGUGACUAUUAUUUGCUUCAUGAAAAUACUGACUAUACUGAUAUUUUAUUCACAGUCUUUGUGCAUUUAUUUGCUAGAAAUAAUAUUUUUUUUAUAAAAGUCAAACUGCUGUUUUAACUGAUUAAUUACUCCUGUAUGUCCUGUGAAGUAUUGUCUGUAAUGUGAUAACGUCAUUUGUACACUGCGCAGCUGGGGAAGGGUUUAUUCUGUGACCUCGUGGGCAUGUGUGCCUGGGUCUUAUGUCAGUGCCAGCUUGGCUCCCCAGUCUGUAAUUUACAGUCAACUUUAUUUUUUUUUUAUAUAUACUUUUUAUUUAUGUAGCUUUAGCAACCUGCAAGUGUAAAUACUAUAUUUUAUAUGCAUCUAGCCGUGCAAUACUGAAGACUUUAGCUCCCACCCCCCCCUCUCUGUGAUAUUGUCAUCUGUCUAAUGCAGCUGCCCCAACGGUAUAUAGAGCACUGGUCACUUCUUCUGGAUCCCAAAAUAUAGCCCCAAUACACAAUGUUCCCAACCACUGGUACACCCAGUCCCCAAACAUCUCCCCUGAACCCCAAUUCUGUACCUUAAUACAUCACCCUCCCAUCCCCUAGUAGAGCACAUAGGUCCCCAGAACCCCAUUUAUGUAGCGCUUGCACCACAGCACCUCACAAACCCCCCAUUCUUCACUGUAUAUUGCCCAUUGUAUUUAGAACAGACCCCACUCCUGCAGUCCCUCUCUGAACUACUACAGCUCUGCCCAGACGUCUCUUCAGCGUUGCAGCAGUGCUUCUGGCUGCUGUACGGGAGCUCAGGGCCCUGUGCUGUACAAAAAAGAUAUUUAUGCUGUUGAAGAGCUGAGUUAUGUUUUUUUCAUGACAUUCUGACAUUUGAAUGUUCCAUUUGAUAUUUGAAACACAUGGGAAAAGCUGCACAGUGAGCCCAUCACUAUGCAGCAUGCUGUGUAAUAAGCACAAUUGGUAUUUUAUUAUAAGAGAAAUCACAGAGGUGCCACAUUUUGUCUCAAAUGGAAUAAUAUUGGCAUUUUUUACUAUAAUUUUAUAACCAUAUUUUUGCCACUUUAUUAACGAAAUGACAAUAAAAUGUUUUCACCAAG